AUGCCGAAGGACAAGUCGAAGAAGUCGAAGAAGGAGGCGAACGGCGACGGCGGCGACGCCGCCGGCGACGCCAUCGCGCCGAGCAGCGUGACGCCCAAGCUCGACACGUCGAAGUGGCCCCUGCUGCUCAAGGACUACGACAAGCUGAACGUGCGCACGGCGCACUACACGCCCAUCCCGUCCGGCUGCUCGCCGCUGAAGCGGCCGCUCGCCGAGUACCUGCGCUACGGGUGCAUCAACCUCGACAAGCCGGCGAACCCGAGCAGCCACGAGGUCGUGGCGUGGAUCAAGCGCAUCCUGCGCGUGGAGAAGACGGGCCACAGCGGCACGCUCGACCCCAAGGUCACGGGCUGCCUCAUCGUCUGCGUCGACCGCGCGACGCGCCUCGUCAAGAGCCAGCAGUCCGCGGGCAAGGAGUACGUCGCCGUGCUCCGGCUCCACGGGCCCUGCGACAAGGCCAAGCUCAAGCGCGCCGUCGAGACGCUCACGGGCGCCCUCUUCCAGCGGCCGCCGCUCAUCUCCGCGGUGAAGCGCCAGCUCCGCAUCCGCACCGUCUACGCGUCGAGCCUGCUCGAAUACGACGCGGAGCGCCACCUCGCCGUCUUCCACGUCAAGUGCGAGGCGGGCACCUACAUCCGCACGCUCUGCGUCCACCUCGGCCUGCUCGUGGGCGUCGGCGGCCACAUGCAGGAGCUCCGGCGCGUCCGGUCCGGCGCGCUCGACGAGAACGCGCACCUCGUGACGAUGCACGACGUGCUCGACGCGCAGCACCACUACGACGCGACGAAGGACGAGUCCUACCUGCGCCGCGUCGUCAUGCCCCUCGAGGUCCUCCUCACGUCCUUCAAGCGCCUCGUCGUGAAGGACAGCGCCGUCAACGCGAUCUGCUACGGCGCCAAGCUCAUGAUGCCGGGCCUGCUGCGCUUCGCCGACGACGUCGACGUCAACGAGGAGGUCGUGCUCAUGACGACCAAGGGCGAGGCCAUCGCCGUGGGCAUCGCCAUGAUGACGACGUCCGUCAUGGCCGACUGCGACCACGGCGCCGUCGCGCGCAUCAAGCGCGUCAUCAUGGAGCGCGACACGUACCCGCGCAAGUGGGGCCUCGGGCCCAUGGCGACGAAG